AUGGCCGACUCUUCCUCCCCAGGCAACACCCCAGGCGGCAACCGCCGCAACAACCGCCCCGAAGAAGAAGCCGCCAGCGCCGCUAGCGCCAUCCUCCCCAACGAAGGCAUGAAGGCCCCCGGCGUGACGGCUAACCAGGAUGAGAAAUCCAACCUAAAGAUCAGCAUUCACUUGAACUUGCGGGCUAAGGUGAAGUUGGAUUUGGAUGCGCAGUUGUAUGGUGAUAUUGUUAUUGGGUUGUUGUAA